GCGAAGGUAAAACGGUCCUCACAGCGGAGUCCUCUCGUCAUUUCUCCCUUCAUAUAAUGGAAACUGAAUUUAAACAGCUGUGGUGUGUCGGUCACCGGUACUUUUCCUCUUUCCCCUCAGCUUUGUUUAAUGUCUUUCUUUCCUUUGCUAAAUAACUACUUUCCUGGUAUUUCUUUCCUUAGACAGUUUUUUUUUUUUUAGAAAUAAAAACCAAACCGUCGACUUGAAACUAAACUGCGCUGGAAGACGGUCGUGUCUCUUUGGAUGGAGAAUUUUGGAUCGAUCUCCCCCUCCUCCCCUGUUAUAAGUGAAACACCAUCUCCCUUCUUCCUGUCCUUGCAAACUCCCUCCCUCUCUUCCCUUCAGAUGGUGAAUGAGCUAAAGUCAAGCUGGUUGUGAAGGUGCUGGACUUAUUCUCCCCAACGCCCCAAGCCGGACACAGCAUGGCGGCGGGAGUAGCAGCAUGGCUUCCCUUUGCCAGGGCAGCGGCCAUCGGCUGGAUGCCUGUGGCCAAUUUGCCAAUGCCAGUAGCACCCACUGAAAAAAACAAGAGACAGGAUGAGCUCAUUAUUCUUAAUGUCAGUGGACGGCGCUUCCAGACCUGGCGGAACACACUAGAUCGCUAUCCAGACACGCUGCUCGGUAGCUCGGAAAAGGAGUUCUUCUACAAUGAGGAGACCAAAGAGUACUUCUUUGACCGGGAUCCUGAUGUGUUCCGUAGUGUCCUCAACUUCUACCGCACAGGCAAGCUCCACUAUCCACGCUAUGAGUGCAUCUCCUCUUAUGACGAGGAGCUGUCUUUUUUUGGCAUUGUUCCAGAAAUCAUUGGAGACUGCUGCUAUGAAGAGUACAAGGACCGGAAGAGGGAGAAUGCAGAGCGUCUGAUGGAUGACCAGGAGGACAACAAAGAUGCUAAGCUGCCCAAUAUGACUUUCAGGGAGACAAUGUGGCGGGCUUUUGAAAACCCUCACACUUCCACCAUGGCCCUGGUCUUCUACUAUGUCACUGGCUUCUUCAUUGCUGUCUCUGUCAUCACCAAUGUGGUAGAGACGGUUCCCUGCGGCUCAGCGCCCAACCAGAAGGAAGUGCCAUGUGGUGAACGCUACACUGUGGCCUUUUUCUGCAUGGACACAGCCUGCGUUAUGAUCUUCACCGUGGAGUACCUGAUGCGCUUGUUUGCCGCACCGAACCGCUAUCGCUUCAUGAGAUCUGUCAUGAGCAUCAUCGAUGUAGUUGCCAUCUUACCCUACUACAUUGGACUGGUGAUGACUGACAACGAGGAUGUGAGCGGCGCGUUUGUGACACUCCGUGUUUUCCGGGUGUUCCGUAUCUUUAAGUUCUCCCGUCACUCGCAGGGCCUGCGCAUCCUGGGCUACACCCUGAAGAGCUGUGCCUCGGAACUGGGCUUCCUGCUCUUCUCCCUCACAAUGGCCAUAAUUAUCUUUGCUACCGUCAUGUUCUACGCAGAGAAGGGUUCAAGCUCCAGCAAAUUCACCAGCAUCCCAGCCUCCUUCUGGUACACCAUCGUUACUAUGACAACGCUCGGGUACGGAGACAUGGUUCCUAAGACGAUUGCAGGGAAGAUCUUUGGCUCAAUCUGCUCUCUGAGUGGUGUGCUGGUAAUUGCCCUUCCUGUCCCUGUCAUCGUGUCCAACUUUAGUCGUAUCUAUCACCAGAACCAGAGAGCAGACAAGCGACGGGCGCAGAAGGUACAGAAAGCCCGCUUGGCCAGGAUACGAAUAUCCAAAACUGGAAGCUCCAGUGCCUUCCUCCACAACAAGCGCAACGGCCUGUUCAAUGAAGCUCUAGAACUCACAAGUUCCACUGAGGAUGAGCAACAUUUAAACAAGUCUACCUCUCUUUUGGAGAGCCAGCACCACCACCUGCUGCACUGUCUGGAGAAAACUACUAACCAUGAGUUCGUGGAUGAGCAGUAUUACCAGCAGAGCUACCUGGAGUCAGGGCUGCAGAAUUAUCCAUCUCGAAGCCCCUCCCUCUCCAGCCAAGAUGGCGUGACAGGCACAUGCUGCACCCGCCGAAGCAAGAAGCACCACACACCUUUACCAAACGCCAGUGCCCCUGCACACAUGCAGCCUUUGACACACACGCACACACACCAACAAGGCUUCCAGGAGCUCAGCACCAUCCACAUCCAACCCCUCAGCACCAGCCGCUCCAGUCUGAACAUGCGCGUAGAUGAGCCAGCACCUCUGAAUUGCCAGAGCAGUCAGAUCACCACAGCAAUCAUCAGCAUCCCCACACCGCCGGUGACAACUCCAGAGGGCGACGCUCAUCUGCCCGCCGGCCCCAUUCAUCAAAAUGUUGUGAAGGUGUCCGCACUGUGAAGACUAUAGUGCAGGCGCAUGACAUAGAAAGACAGAUAAAGACUCUCUGAGAAAGACUGAGGGACGGAGGAGAACUCAGAAUGAUGGCGGAGAGGGCGUUAGAGUCCUUGGUGGAGCCUGCCCUCUGCUGGUCAUGUCCUGCAACGGCAUGGACUUUAAACUGAUGGAAGAUGGCUUUUAGACACACUAUCUUAAUGUUAGUGGUUGGCAUACACAUGUGUUUGUAUGCAAGUGUGAAUGAAAGAGUGGGCCAGAUGAAAAGGGAGUUAUUUAAGAUUAGGAAGUGAGUAAGUGUGUGUCUCUAAGUGUUAGAAGUGGGUUCCCAGAGUAAGUCAUGUGUCACUGUGCACAAAGCACCUUUUUCAUGAUU